AUGUCAGAUACAGAAAUACCCCCACAAUUUGAAGAAGAUGGCGUAUUAGAUAACCCAUUAAGGGCCAUUAUUGUGAUAAACUCACCAGAUAUUCCCGAAGGUGAGAUGGAAGAAAGAUUGCUUGACACUAUACAGAGCUUUGAAGAUAUGAAUGCAUUCUUUGAUAAGUUUGAUGAAACAGUUGCCAUUCCAAACGAAGAACAUAUAAAAUAUGAGGUUGGAAGCGAUGGUAUGGUUGUGGUUUUAGUGGAUUCUAAAGAGGUGAAGGAUAAAGUAGUUGCAUUUUUCGAUGAGUAUGUUGGAACUGAAGGUGAAGGUGCUUCGAAGCAAAAUGUAGCUGAAGAUGAAGGCAGAGAAAUCAAAAAAGCUAAAAGGGGAAAGAACUGA